AUGGCAAAGUGCAUGAUUCAUGACAAGGAACUUCUCUACAUGCUUUGGUGUGAGGCAGUGAAUACCUCUGUGUAUUUACUUAAUAGAAGUCCAACCCGAGCUUCGGAGAAUACUACACCUUUUGAGAAGUUUAGUGGGAGAAAGCCUGGAGUUAAACAUCUCAAGGUGUUUGGCUCAGUGUGUUACGUACUUAUCCCUGGAAAGUUGAGGCAUAAGCUAGGAGCAACAAGUGCCAUAAGAGUUUUUAUCGGAUAUGGUACAUGUGAGAAGGGAUACAGAAUAUUGAACCCUGCAACUCAGAAGGAGCAACACAAAGUGAAAGAAGUCUGCUUCCCACUUCCUGUAGAUGAAAUGUCAAGCAUGAGAACAACUGAAACAGAAGAAGAACCUGCAUCCCAAGAACAUGCCAUAACCGAUGAUCCCUUGGUUGAUGACACACAUUUGAGACACAGAAACCUGAGUGAGAUCUAUGUAAGAUGCCAUUCAUGCAUAGUGGAGCCUGAGAACUUUGAUGAAGCUGCACAGGAUGAAGCAUGGAAGAAGGCAAUGGAAAAUGAGAUGAACAUGAUUGAGAAGAAUCAGACAUGGGAGUUGGUAAAUAGACCCUUCAAUAAACCUAUAAUUGGGGUAAAAUGGGUGUACAAGACCAAGUUGAACUUGGAUGGUUCAGUUCAAAAGCAUAAAGCCAGACUAGUUGCAAAGGGCUAUGCACAAAAGCCUGGAAUAGACUAUAAUGAAACCUUUACACCAGUGGCAAGAUUGGAUAUUAUACGAACUCUCAUUGCCUUGGCUGCAAAGAACAAGCAGCCAGAUGGUUUCAUUGUACAAGGAGAAGAGGAUAAAGUGUAUAAAUUGCACAAAGCCUUGUAUGGCUUGAAACAGGCUCUUAGAGCUUGGUAUGGAGAGAUAGACUCUUAUCUCGUGCAGUGCGGUUUUAAAAGGAGCACAAGUGAGGCAACAUUAUAUGUUAAAGGCAGGGGAACCUCGGAUUUGGUCAUAAUAUCUAUCUAUGUGGAUGAUAUAGUUUAUACAGGGAAUUCUCAAGAGCUAAUGUAG